AAAGUUUGUUACUCGCCAUCAUGAUGCAUGCGUUGCGCAACCGCGUCGCAUCGAUAUCCAACCAAUCAAUCCUCGGACACCACACUACCACCGCGUCCCGUCAUCUUGCAACUGUUUUACCGGCAAUUACAACGACCAAGAGUCACAAGGUUGUUGUUGUUGGUAGUGGUUCUGCCGGCAUCGCCGUCAGCCAUCAACUCCUCCGCAAGGGAAUAUUUUCCAAAAACGACAUCGCAAUCGUUGACCCAGCGACAUGGCACCAUUACCAGCCAGGUUGGACGCUCGUAGGAGGUGGCCUGAAAAGUAAGGAAUGUUUCAAAAGACCUAUUCACGAACUCAUCGGACCAAAACUCAAGUUCUACAACAAAAGUGUCGCAGCCAUUCAUCCCGGGGAAAACUAUUUAUCCCUCGGCGAUGGCAGUAAGCUUGCAUACGACCACCUCGUUCUCGCGCCAGGCAUCAAAAUCGACUACGCCAGCGUCGACGGCCUUUCCGAAGCCAUGGCAAAUCCAGAUAGCCCCGUCUCUUCCAUUUACAGCUACGACUACUGCGAUAAAGUCUCCCGAAACAUCCAGCGCAUGAAGAAAGGCGCUGCUCUUUUCACCCAGCCAGCAGGCAUCGUCAAAUGCGCGGGCGCACCCCAGAAGAUUAUGUGGCUCGCGCUGGACUAUUGGAGAAGAGCGGGUUUAUACAAUUGCUCGCCGUCUCGUUCAGCCAUCCAAGUCACUUUUGCCACUGGCAUGCCUACUAUGUUCGGCGUGCCGAAAUAUAGCGCUGUGCUCGACGAGUUGAGGGAGAAAAGAGGCGUAACCGGGUUAUUCGAGCAUAAUCUCAUUUCCAUAAACGGGAAUACCGCGACUUUUGAGCGUCCAGGUGGUGGUGGUGGGAAAGAGCUUGUAAACCGAAACUUCGAUUUCCUGCACGUUGCCCCUAGAAACGUCCCGCAUUCUUUUAUCAAAGAAAGUGGUUUGGGGAAUGAGGCCGGAUACGUAGACGUCGACCCGCACACAUUACGGCACAACAGAUUCCACAACAUCUGGUCCCUUGGUGAUGCGGCGAGUUUGCCUACAUCGAAAACCAUGGCGGCGAUAACAUCGCAAGCACCCACGCUUACGCACAACAUCCUGUGUAGUCUUCAGGGGGAAAAUCUGACGUCGCAAUACGAUGGUUACACGUCGUGUCCGCUACUGACGGGGGAGAAACAGGUUCUUCUUGCUGAAUUCAAAUACGGCGGUGUGCCCAAGGAGACGUUUAACACGUGGCUUGGCGUCGAUCAAGGUGUGCCGCGUCGGGCAUUUUAUCAUUUGAAAAAAGACUUCUUUCCUUGGGUGUAUGGGAGGUUUCAUGUAACGGGUCGGUGGGGCGGGCCACAGGGCUGGAUAUCGUAG